UCCUGCCUCAGAAACCUGCACGUAGGCUCUUCCCACCAAUCCCCGUCAAACACCAGAUUCAAACUGGGGAGUUAUCUGUUAGGUCCACCUCUCCGGACGGGUUCUGGUCCAGACUUCAUUCUCCCUGGUCUGACCUGACAGGAUAAGCUGGGACUUCUGCACAAGUAUCUUUAUAUUUCAUCAUUUAUGGAUAAACGUUAUUUCUUCUUGAAUGAAGGUCCGAGGAGCCGCUGAGCCAUGGAGCUGAAGGUGUGGGUGGAGGGCGUGGUCAGAGUGGUCUCUGGUCUCUCCCUGGACACCUCCUGUCAUGACGUCGUCAUCGCUCUGGCACAAGCCAUCGGUCAGACGGGUCGUUAUGUUCUCCUCAUGCAGUCACGGGGACACGAGAGACGCCUGGUUGCUGACGACUGUCCCCUGCAGCACCUGGCUCAGCUGGGACGGCUGGCCGCAGAGGUCCAGUUCAUCCUGCGGAGGACCGGCCCCGUCCUCAGUGAAGGCCCACACGCUCGCUCCGGAGACAAGCGGCCGGUCCUGCUCAGGCCGUCAGAACCGGAGCCUCCCAAACACAUGGGCCUCCAAAAGGCCUUCACCUUCAAUUUGGGCCCCUCAACAGGUUCCAAGAGGAGUAAAUCCAGCAGGGACUGGUCUCCGUCACCCAGAGCAUCCCCCGAACCACGGGCGUCUCCCGUCUCCUUCGUAGGACCUCCCGGUUCAGCCCACAUACCCACAAAAGAGGAGGUGUUCAGGCAGAUUCUAGAGCAGCAGAGGAGGCUGCAGGGCCUGGAGCUGCAUGUUGAAGCUCUGGAAAGAGAGACAGCAGCGUGGGAGCAGAGAUGUUAUUCUCCAGAGGUUUCCUAUCUGAGUCCAAGUCUGGCAGAGGAGGUGGCUGAACUGGAGCAGCGGCUGAGGGGGAACGAGCUGGAGCUGACGGACGGAGACACCUGGGAGGAGGAGCUGCAGGCAGAACUGGACCAGGAACGAGCUAUGCACAGUCUUCUGCAACAGGCGGGCUCAUCUCUAGAGGAACGAGCUCAUGACAUCCACGAGCUGCAAAGCCAUUCUGCUCAUCUGGAGAAGGAGCUGGACCUGGAAGUGCAGAGGUGGGACUCCCCGGCGGAGGCCCAGCAGAGGGACGAGGCCCUCAGGUCGCUCACGCUGGAGCUCCAAAGCCGCCGGCAGCUCGGAGAAGAACUGGAGGCAGCCAUGUCUGAGACACAGCUGGAGCUUCAAACUUCAGAGGACAGAGCCAAGGACCGGCUGGAGAUGAUGGAGGAGGUGAAUAAGGAGCUGAGGCAGUGCAACCUGCAGCAGUUCAUCCGGCAGACGGGUGGCGCUCCGACCGGCGAGCAGACCGACACGCUUCCCCUCAGCGAGGUUUACCUCAGCAACGCGGGCAUCAUGGAGUAGAAACCUCCCGGACAGGCCCCCACACGUCAAAGAAGAAACGCUCAGAAACCUCCACCCCUCAUCCAGAUACUAGUGUUUGUGUUGAUAACUGCCAGCUUACUUAAAAACAAGAUAAAAAAGCUAAAUCAAAAGUUUUUAAUAACUGUAAAUAUUUUCUAUUUGUCACUUUUUGUAUGUGAAAGCAUUGAUUUUGUACUGCUAUGAAUUAAAGCUCACUUGA